AUGGUAAGUAUACUAGCCAAGAAAAACAGAACAUACUCUGGCUGCUUUCCGGAAACCCCAGCUGCUAGACAGCUGGCAGUAAACCCCGGGAACUAUGUGCCAGCUUCCCUGACCCCUGUACAAUGUGAGGACUCUUGUUCAAAGAAAGGACAUCCCCUCGCGGGUCUGACGGCCGGAAAAAUAUGUUUCUGUGGUACGACGAUGACAGAGCCUCAGGCGUCUGAAAGUGCAUGUGUAGAAAACUGCGCGGGCGACACUAGUCAGAAAUGUGGAACAGACGCAGAGCCACCUUAUGAUAAUGUCUACACCACCCCAGUGGUUCUGAAUGGCUUUAAAAUAUUCCCUGGGGAUAUGCUUUUGGAGACGUUUGUAUCUCAGAAUGUCUACUUUAACUUGACCAAUGGUGACAUACAAUCCAUUGUCGCUGUAACAUCAGACGACGGGCCAGACUUAGGGCCUGUCAAUACCUUAUCUAUUCCCAUAAUUCCAAGAAAGUCAAGACCACUUCAAAUCAAGGCCACGAUCAGCGACACCGGGUCAAAAACAUUAGAUGCAACUCAAGCAUUUAAGGUGCAAGCCAGAAUAAAACUGGUGAGUUUGGAUUGCCCGAAUUACGCAAUCGGUAACGUUCGAUUUGACUGUUUCCUACGAAUUGGCGUGGGCAGCCCCUUAUCAGUCAACGUAGACAUGGGCGAUGGAUCAACAUUUUUACUCAAUGUCCAAGAAUGUAAAGAAUUCUCGAAGGGUCAGGUUGAUGGUACUAUUUCUACCGUCACACAUCCGGGCAACAAUUUAUACUUGUACCCGGAUACAAUCGUCAAAACGAACGCCACACUGGUGGGUCUUGAUUAUACGGCAACCACCGCUGGGGAUAUCAUAGUGCAGGUAUACCGGCCCUCUUGUGGACCAGACUUAACACAAAAGUUCUGUCAUAAAAGUUACUCUUGCAUAUCUGUAAACGAGUCCUGCUAUAACCAGCCACGGGGAUCUUAUUGGCAGAUCAAGUGUGGACCUGGGACCAUCUACAGUCUAGCUCUUGCAAAGUGUGUUAACAUGGCAACUGGAACUGUAGUUGAGAAACCACCUGUCACAGAUUUUGCACAGAUGCCCAUUCAGUCGUUCGAUCUUGUUCACGAGUUCACUUUCACCAUAAGCUCUGGAAGAAACUUUUACACCAUUCCGGACGACGACCUCUUCAUCAUGGAUCCUGCUGACGUCAUAGCUAUUAAAGAAGAAAAUGGCCGUUUUGAACUUUUGGACUCUACUGAUAACUACAAGGAGUUUUACUGGAGCGUCGGAGGAGAUUGGGGAUCCCGUGCUACGAAUGGAUAUACCAUAUCUAGCACUGGUGUCAACACGCUUUCAGCUAGACAUGCUGUACGGGCAUAUUUCGCCACGCCUGUACGAGCAAAGUUCAGACAUACCUAUGCAGGGGUCAUGGCAGACUAUAAGAACAUUACUAUAAUGGCAUCAAACGCUGUAACACAGCCCCCAGUUACAUAUGUUCGGGAAAUUGAACUCCAGAUUGUGAUUUCUGGCGUUGAAAUCGACGCCCCUGCAGUAGGCGUGACAAAUGAAACCCUAGAAAUGAAGAUACCUCCUCAUACUGGGACCAAGGUUCUCUACACCUGGAAGUUUGGAACAGGUGACGUUAUGAAUUCUACGGACAGGGUCAUGAACUAUACAUGGACAGAGGCAGGUGUCUACACGAUCAUAAUGACAGCAGAGAACAAAGUCAGCAGCGUCAGUAAAACGUUUGUGAUAAUUAUUCAAGAUGAGAUACUGAACUUUACGGCUGAAGCUGAAAGCAUUGCUACUGUGUUUACAGAAGAUACCCAAGUCCUUUGGAACAUAACUCAAGGUACCAAUGUUAGCUAUCAUCUUUCAAUGGGAGACGGUGUGGCUUUUGUCUACAGCUAUCCGUUCCAGGGGUAUCUUUGUGAUGAAAUGAAUCUCAACGAUACCUGUUCCAUCGUCUAUGGUGAUCUUAACUGCACAGCUACUUGUAAUGGGACAUCUUCAGGAAUGGAUGGGUUUGUGUCUUACUAUUAUACAAAACCAGACUGGUACACAUUCACGAUAACAGCAUAUAACCUCGUAGGAAAUAGCACGCUUGUAUUAAAUCUUCCGGUACAGAUUCCUAUUUCCGGUUUCUUUAUCAAUGAUACUGACCCUAUUCCCUUUGGAACAUCAAGGGCAGUUCCAGUAAUGACAGACACUGGUUCUCAUAUAGAUAUGGAGGUCUCCAUGAAUGGAUCUCUUCUGAAUACAUCGUAUUUUGAUUGGACAUUGAGUUCUGGUGAGGCUAUUAUAAACACAGUCAACUACAACUGGACAGGAUAUUACCUAAUUGAAGCAAAUAUCACAAACCUCGUCAGCUCUAUCCAUUCAUUUGAAAGAGGGGUUUGGAUAGACUUUCUAAUAACAAAUUUGUCAAUAAAUAAUGACAGACCGUACGUACCUGUGGGCGAGAAUACAACGUUUGAUAUCGGAAUGGACUAUUGCUCUCGGUUUAAUUCAUCUAUUCUGUAUGCAGAUGCUUCACCUCUUGAAUCCAUGUAUAUGGAUUUGAUUGUUAGCCCACAAAGGUACAGCUUUUCACAUAUCUUUACUGCACCCGGAAUAUAUGGUGUUAACUUUUCAAUAGUGAAUCCUGUAGAUUAUCACUCUAGCACUCAUAAUGUAUUUGUGCAAUAUCCCGUGAAAAAUGUCGAGGUUUUUAUGAGUACUCCAGUGAAACUUGAACCAGUCGGUUUUGUCCCUGUGAAGUUUGUGUUAACAUUCUUAGGUGGUGUUCCUCUUGCAACGGAUGCAAGCUACAAUGUGGACUUCAACGAUAGUAGCACAACGACAGACCUAUUUGAGGAACCCCCAGCCCCAAUAACAACAGCUCUACCAACUGAAGAACCAAAGACAGAACUGGAUUGUGCUGCACUUUACGAUUUACUUCAACAAUCUCUAAAUUCAUCCGAUUUUGAUGGAAACAACAGCACAAACAUAACAACUCCAACUACGAUAACGGAAGAAGAAUACCAAAUUCUUUGCAAUACUUCUAUAACAACAGAGUAUACAACUUCCAUGAUUAUUACAACACCUUCCCGUAUGGAAGGUUUCUUUGAAAUAAUUUUUUUUCAUGACUACACACAGCAUGGAACAUACGAUGUUUCCAUUAAUAUCUCAAACUUGGUGGAUUUUAAAUUCUUUCCAUUGAUUCUGAACGUUGAUGAACCUAUCUACGAUCUAGAUUUUACACCGAAUAUUGUAUAUGUACCCAUUAGAACAAAUUCGGACCUUGUUGUCAGCAUGUCAUGGGGUUCCCGAGCAGAAUGUACAAUUAAUGUUGGUGAUGGAUCACCAAGUUAUGUUCUUCCAUGUAACCGAUCAAACCCAAUGUCUGUAACGCACUAUUUUGAUACAGUCGGUGUUUAUUAUGCUCAUGCAACUGGGAAUAACACAGUCAGUACAGAAUACACUUCUUCUUCUUUGGGACCCAUUUACGUGCAGAUUCCCGUUUCUGGAUUUGAGGUGAUAUGUCUGGUUUGUUCAAAUGAUAUUGGUCCUCCCACUUACUCAACAUAUAAUACAAGUGUGAGUUUUGAAUUCCUGUUCGACAAAAGCCAGGAGAGACCAACCAAUGCAUCCUAUACGAUUGACUACGGUGAUGGGACAAAAACGCCAGUACAAGCUUUACCAGAAACUUUUGCAGACGACAAUUACGGUGGUGGAAAAUCUCUUGUGUUCCGUUUCCAGCAUUUUUAUUUAAAAGGCGGUAACUACACUGUAAUUGUUAAUGUAUGGAAUCUAGUAAGUAAUGUCAAUUUCACAUGUUUACAUGAUCUUUAUGAAGCGAUUGUCAAUCUACGUGUAACAAUUUACGAUUACGACCAAGACACCGGUGUUUCGAAGAUAGGGGGUGGUCCAAACAACAACUAUUUUGCUCUGGAACAUCAAGUCCUUUUCGUUGCUUCACAUGAUAGAGGAUCCCAUGUUACGUACCACUGGGACUAUGGAGAUGGUUCAGCUCUAGAAUCUAUAUAUUACAAUCAAAACACCUUUCAUGAAUACCCUAAUGAUACUACAUUUCACAUUAUUUUAAACGCAACAAAUAAAUUUGUCCAAAAUCACGCCAAUACAGGAACAACAAUACAUAUCCAGAGGGGUUGCUUUAAUAUCUCAAUAUCUACUGACGACCCUCGAUCAAAGAACACAACAUUUGAGUAUCAGAUGUUUCCGGGUACCAUUGGCUCUGACGCAUGCUACUUUUUCGACUUCAAGGAUGAAACAUCUGAACCAAGUCGGUACUUGAUGUUUGGCGAUUCAAGCUUUUGUGCUUUGGUUCCAGAAUGGAACUGGUACUGGAGCGAUCCAAAUAAAGAAUUCAUUUCCCGUCCAUCUGAUCCAUGGUAUGCAAAUAAACUGGCAAAUCCCAACAACUUUAACAUAACAAUACACAAUGCAUUCAUGUUUGAAGGUGCCUACGAUGCAACGCUUGAAUGCAAAAACUACGUUUCACAUACCAGUGUGAUAUACACCACAGGUGUAACAAAGGGUCCAUGUUGGUGGCCCUAUGUCAACUUGACAGCCCCAAACAUUUGUCAGCCACCCGCUUGUGAUUCUGUUUUCCCUGAAAUGAGAACAAAUCUAAAAUCUGAGAAGCUGAUUGUAUAUUCCGAUGUUAUUAUUAACUGUACAUCAACUAAAGUUGCUUACUAUUCCUGGUCGGUUUUCAAAAUCGAUGAAAUUUAUGGAAACGAAACUCAGAUCACAGAACUUGGAGGUGCUGAUGUGUAUUCCAUAGGAGCAAGGUAUUUGCAGUUGGAACCACGUAUCCUGGAUUAUGGUCUAUAUAGAUUUGAGUUAAACGUUAGCAUGAAUGAAUUGAUGGGAAUGUUUUCUAUCGAUUCUGUGAAACUGAGAAUAGUGGCUACGCCAUUGAAAGUGUCCAUUGCUGGUGGAGACUUUAUACAGACACAAUGGGGAAGUGAGACCCCUUUAGUUCUUGAUGGUUUUACAGAAACCUUUGACCCUGAUGUAGCACCAGAAGACAAAAGUGGAAUGGAGUUCAUAUGGAUAUGUAGACGGUUGUGUGAAAACUGGCCAACGUUUGACGCAGAUUAUAAUCCAACCUCGAUAUUUACUCAUAAUUGCACAUACCAAGAUGAUGCUGAUAGAGGUUGUUCAAAGAUUGACAUGCUUGAUUCACCAGGAAAAAUGCCUAAUGCAUCUGACGGUGAGGUUACCAUUUAUACUGGAGAAAUGUAUGAAUUGGAUUACGUUGAAAUAAAACUCAUCGUGCGAAAAGACAACAGAGUAGCGGAGGAUUAUCUAGUCAUGUUCAUAACAAUGGGAAAUCCUCCAAUUAUUAAAAUAAAAUGCGUCACUAACUGUGGUCCAAAAAUGAAUCCAACUAGUCGCUAUUCUCUUGAGUCUCAAAUUGAUGGUUGGACAAGAGGAGCAUUUUUCUACUACAGAUGGACGCUAUAUGGUGUUCCCUGGGGAAGUAGGUAUUACUUCAAUAGAAGGCUGAUCUCGGAGUCUGAAUGGAUAAGCCAAGCUACUACCGGCUCUGAAGGACCACACAUGGCGAUAGAGCCUGUUGUUCCACGUUUCACCACAAACAGCUCUUACAGCUAUUACUUCUCUGUCAAAACCUGGAGAUGGGGAACGAGUGAGGCAUAUUGUGGUAUUUCGGAGAUCAACUUUAAAAUCAAUGAAAAACCACGGGCUGGGAAAGCUACUGUAUCUGUUUCCCCUGGCUCCGGUAUCGCUUAUGAAACAAAGUUUGCUGUGUCUGCAAGUGGAUUCACUGACUAUGAGGACGGUUCCAGCAUGAGCUUUUACAAGUUUGGCUAUAGAUUACAAGCAGGAAGUCUAAUAACGUGGUUCCACGAAGGAACGAAACGUAAUAACCUUGGCUUCGAAAAUCCAUUUCCAGCCGGACUGGAGUCCGAAAACUUCCAAAUUAAUAUUGUUGUCAGAGCUUAUGACCGAAGUGGAGCAUAUGCACAAAAGUGGAAAACAAUUACGGUUCAACCACCACAACCAUCAAACGUAAAGAACGUCAUUGCCACUGCUACAGAACCUGGUGGACAAAUUGACAAAUAUCUUAUAGGAGCUGACAUUCGAGUAGCACCUAUGUCUUUGAGUCUCGCCAAAUUUCUCAACGAAGAGGCAGAUGGUGCGCUGAGUGCUGCUCAAGUUGUUGAAACAACAACUUCCAUUGCACAGGCUCAAAAUCUUACAGAAUCGGAGCGGCUUGCAAUGGAGCAAGCAGUUCUACAACAACAAGCAACAGAAAAAGCAAACCGUAUUCAGACGCGGGCUACUCUUUUGAAUGGUUUUAAAAGAAUCAAUCCUUCUAACGUGGAAGCUAUGCAAGGGACCGCAGCAGCACUCGCGGAAAUGUCUGUGAAAGAGGACGAACUGACAACAACAGCUCAAGAAGACGCUGCCAGUAUAAUGGAGGAUUAUGUGGUAAAGCUGAAAGCGCAGACGAGUCUAUCAGCAGAUGACAGGGAGGACGCCACGUCUAACCUUAUAUCUGUCAUAGGUAACACAAUGCAUGCCGCUGGAUUGACCGCUGAAUUAGCCGAAGAAGAAAGCACGAAUUUAGCCAAUAUGGUUGAAUCCGCGACUGCUGGGAUUGUAUCUACAACACAAGCCACCACUCUCUCUCCAGAACAAAUAAAGGCCCGCCAGGAUCAGUUGUUGAAUGAAAAGAAUAGUGCAAAGAAUACAUUUUUGAGACUUGAACAGUCUCUAAAUAACAUCAUCAGCACGCUCGGAAAAUUCAAAGUUGUUGGUGAGAAAAACGCAGUGGUGGAAUCCCCAAAACUGAACGUGACUCUAGCUAAGACAGAGACAAAAGAUAUGAACUACAACCCAAACUUUGGCGUUGGAGGGUUGAGUGGUUUUCUCUUACCAAAAACCCAGGCCAUUUUUGGCGAGGAAGGUAAUGAAACGACCUGGUUUGUCGAAACAGAGGCAUUAAGGAUGCCCAACAACCCAUUUACGUGGACAAAUGCAAGCGGCACUACUUCCACAAGAAUUACAAGCGAUGUCAUCUCCUUAAAAUUCCGAAAUGACACAAAUGAAGGUGUAGAUGUGAAGGAAGCCCCGCAGUACUUUGAUAUUUUCAUGGAUCGACGUAAUUUUGAUACCACAGUCCAAAACGUCAUUAACUUGACCAGAAGUUGGAGUGAACCCUCUGCAUUUCAUAUAUUACCAGUGGCACCCAAUAGCUCCUUGCAUAUAACUGUCAACCAAAUAUUUAACCCAGAAGACAUACAAUACUACUUAGAUUGGCUAGACUUUAUUGCUGGUGUCUCAGCAGAUGAUAACUCAACGGAAGAACAAGAUCCUAAUGUUACAGAUACUAGCUUACCUAAGGGGGCUGCUGCCUUCUUCAUGGAGACUAAGCCAUCACUGUUUUAUGUAUUUAUCAAAAUGGGAGGUCCCCCAACACCCGAGGAUCAUGAUUAUAAUUGUACUUUGCCAAAAACACUGGAUGAAUUUCUAUCCAUGCUGGAUUACAUGGAUGCAUUAUCAUAUGAAAAUGACACGUCUCUUCCAAGGUCCAACUACUUAACAGAGCUUCCAGACUGGAACACGUGCUUGUUCUCAAAUGAUGAACUAAGCCUAAAUGAAACAACGGAUUUCUACAUUGCCAUUAAACAUAAAACAUAUGAACAAUUAGAAGCAGAGGCUGCCGGUGAUUUUACAACCACUAUGUUAACUUCUACCACUACCGCUACCACUACAGCCAGUAAGAGGAAAAAGAGGUGGGGUGGUAAAAAUAAAUGGAGCGGAAACAAACAAAAGGGAAACAAACAAAAUUCGGCACUGGAGGAAGCUCUUCUCGCCUUAGGUACAACAGUGGGUGCUGGUGGUACAACGAGUGGUAAUGGAAAAAAUAAGGGAGGUGGUAAUAAGAAAAACAGUAUUGUAUGGCCUCCUCCUGGCUCAUAUUAUCCAGCCGUGUAUAACAUUUCCUUCUACAGCGCAUCUUGUGUGUGGAGAGACAGGUCAAAGAGUAUUUGGACAACAGAGGGUUGCUUUGUUGGUCCACUUUCUAAGCCAUACAGAGUACAUUGUCUUUGCAAUCAUCUGACAGCCUUUGGUGCUGGUUUUGCUGUUCCAAUGAAUUCCCUCAAUCUCAAUGACUCUGGGUUUGCCAAGCUUGAUGAAAACCCCGUAAUAUUUGCAACAAUGGUCUCACUGAUGUGUAUCUACAUACUGAUGUUAAUCUGGGCUAGAAAGAGAGACCUAUUGGAUAAAGUCAUGGCUGGAUCGUCACCUCUUCCCGAUAAUGACCCUAGGGACAAAUAUUUGUACGAAUUGACUGUUUUCACCGGCUCUAGGAAGGGUUCAGGAACCACAGCCAAUGUUUCUUUCAUUUUGACUGGAGAAAAAGCCGAAACACCGCCGCGAUACUUGGCCGAUGAGAAGCGCCCUGUUCUUCAAAGGUCAAAUUGUGAUGGUUUUAUCAUAGCAACCCCAAAAUCACUUGGAAAACUUACCCACUUACGAAUCUGGCAUGACAACAUGGGGUCUAGCCCUUCAUGGUAUUUAAGUCGAUUGCAAAUUCAGGAUCUUCAAACCGGAGACAAAUAUUUUUUCAUAUGUGAACAAUGGUUGUCAGUGGACGAUGAAGAUGGACUGAUUGACCGAGUGGUUCCCGUAGCCGGUAGAGCAGAAUUGACAAGCUUUAACUACUUGUUCUGGCAAAAGACGAAACACAAUUUGGCUGAUGGGCAUUUGUGGUUCUCUAUUUUUCAACGUCCUGCAAGGAGUAAUUUUACUCGAGUCCAGCGCCUCACUUGUUGCUUGACACUUCUAUUCACUACAAUGGUUGUAAGCCUCGCUUGGUACCAGACAGACACAAGCCCUUCACCUACGCAAGUAAAACUUGGACCAGUUAGCUUUUCUCUGACAGGUGUUUACAUUGGAGUCAUGAGUGGUAUCAUGACCUUCCCAAUUAAUUUCAUAAUUGUUUUAAUCUUCCGCUAUUCUAAACCUAAGCCCGAGAAGAAAAAAGAAUUUAAUCCUAAUAAGGUCAAAAACGAGGAGGAUGAAAAUAGCCCAAAUGAUGGAUCAACAGAAGAAAAAGACAAGGAAACAAGAGCUCCCACGAGAAUGGGUACAGAAAUUAGUCUUUUCAGAGAAAAGUCUGAACUCAAUCCAGAUUUUGUGGAACUUGAACUGAAACAACAAGAGGAGUUUUUAGAAACUGGAGACGAGAAAAAGCGUGUGAUGUCCUCAGAUGAAUCACAUGAAGAAAAGCAGGUCAUGAAAAAAGAUCAGACAGAGUUUUCUCACAAAGUACAGGUUGUUGCAUUUGAAAAGGAGGGUGCAACUAAAAGCAAAAAACGGUUACCAUGGUGGUUCAUCUAUGUAGGAUAUAUCCUGUCCUUCAUUACUGUCGUCGUAGCAUUUUACUUUGCUGUGGAAUUUGGAGGUGUCUUUGGACUUAAUAAAUCAGUCAGUUGGUUGAUAGGUUUCAUCAUGUCUUUGUUUGAGUCAGUCUUCUUCUCCCAGCCAAUUAAAGUAAUCAUUUUUGCAAUCUUCUACGCUCUUGUCAUAAAGAAACCAGAGGCGCAAGACGAGGAUGAUAUACCUUUGAAACCAGACUUAAGUAAUGACGAAGAGUAUCUUCAUGAUCAUCUCACAGAAAAAGAUUUAGAGGAUCCUAAGAAGCUUCGAAUGCUAGAGCAAAGGAAAACUCAAGCAACUUUACCACCAGAACUAGAUUUCCUAAAAACUAUUCGCGAGGAAAGGCAAAAGGAGCUUGCUAUGUUUGCCAUGUUUAAGGAGAUAGGAAUUUGCAUUAUGUUCCUGUAUAUAGUACUCACAAUUGCAUACGCAAACAGAGAUCCUUGGUCAUAUUUACAGUAUCGUAACUAUGAGAACAUCCUGAACAAAGGCACGUUUGCUCGAGAAAUCGGAAACUAUACUGUUUCUUUCAUUGAUAUCAACUCUCGGGGGCAAUUUUGGAACUGGAGUGAAAAUGCGCUUCUGCAAGGGUUGUAUAAUACCAAAUUCUACAACGGUGAUCCAGUUAUUGACAAACUUAUAAUCGACAAACAAAGUAUAUUAGUCGGUGGAGCAAGAUUACGCCAGAUGAGAAUAACCCCAGAACUGUGCUUUGUCCCACUUAAUUAUUUUGCCAAAGAAUGUAUGCCUUCUUAUGAUAUGUUUUACGAGGACAAAACAAACUACAAACUACGAUGGAAUCCAGUGAACGAUUCAGAUCCGACCGAUUUUCCGCACCCCUUCUUCAGUUACCAGUCGAUGUGGGAGCUCUCUGGCUAUCCCUAUCAAGGAAUUUUCGAAACUUAUAACGGUGGAGGAUACGUGGCCGAGUUGGGAGCCACAUUUUCAGAAGCUCAGAUGGUACUGAAGUUCCUUAAGGACAACUCAUGGAUCGACAAGCGAACAAGAGCUGUGUUCAUUGAAGCCAAUAUUUUUAACCCUAACAUGAAUCUGUGGGGAAUUUCUCUUUAUCUUUGUGAAUUCCUACAGACUGGAGCAAUUGAACCUUUCCCUAGGAUGCAUGUCUUUAGAUUAGACCGGUAUAUUAACAACGACUAUAUGUACUUUGUCAUGGCCAUCGAAAUUUCAGCAUUGGCUUUUGUCAUCUUCUAUACUGUUAAAGAAGUCAAGAAAAUGAAAGAACAAGGCAAAAAGUAUUUCAAGCAAUUCUGGAACAACUUUGAGGUGGCAAUCCUGCUAAUAUCAUACUCCAUUGGGUUGAUGUUCAUCUGGAGAGCAGUUCUUAGUGUUAGAAUGCUAAACAAAAUUGACGAAAACCCAACGAGUUUUGUCAAUAUGCAUUUUACAGUUAUGUUGGAUGAUCUAUCCAGUUGGUUCAUCGCUUUCUUGGUCUUUCUUCUGAAUGUCCGAUUUCUACGACUGCUUCGUUUCAAUAAGAAAAUCUCCUUACUAAGCAGUACGCUUCGACAUUCCGCCAAAAUGCUCAUCAGUUUUAGCUUUGUCUUUAACAUCGCCUUCCUUUCGUUUGCCUGCACUGCAUAUCUUUUCUUCAUGUCAAAGCUGUUUGAAUUCCGGUCUUAUAUGGUAACCCUGGAGACUUUGCUGUCAAUGAUGUUAGGCAAGUUUGACUAUGAGGCAGCAUACAGUGCAACCCGAAUUACUGGCCCACUGCUAUUUGGAUUCUUCAGCAUUUGUUUUAGCUUUAUUCUCAUCAACUUUUUUCUGACUAUUUUGAUGGAGGCUUUCGAGGCAGUGAGAAGAGACCCAGCCAAUCAAAACAAUGAGCACGAGGUUAUUGAUUAUAUGAUGAAAAGAGUUAAGAUGCUGUUAGGUGUAGGGACUCCACCAAAAAGAAAGGUUGCUCAUAUGUACAAGGAUCCACGAUUGCAACAGUAUAUUUACAUUGAAGGAAAGACAGCUGACCAAGAAAAACUUCAGGAGCUAGACGAAAAGGUGGACAAAGUUAUAAAUAAAAUGGAAGGGUUUGUCGAGUGCGAUGACGAAGUCAAAGAUAAUCUAGAAACGGAAAUGGAGGAAGUCAAGAAAAAACGGAGAAGGAAAAUUGUGAUUGGCUGAAGAAAAUUAAUGGGAUAAAUCGAACAGGGUUUAAAUAGAGUAGAUAAAUACCAGAAGGACGUGUAUGUUACUCUGAAGUAAAUAACUGUUUUCGUUAGUAGCUUUUC